AGUGGUGGUAGGUCCUUUGUUUUGUUACGGCAGGUCGAAAACCGAGGACUUUAGGGAUGCUGUUUAUUGGAAUGGUUUGCUGAAUUAUUUGUGGAUUCACAAGGUAGGAGCAGCGAGCGGCCAUGGAGGGAGACCUCGCGCAGCCGUUCUCGCCGCCUUCGCCUCCGCCGGCGUCGGCUCCGGGGCCCUCCAGGCACUACGAGCCGGACUUCUCUCCUGUCGUCGAUGUGCUCUUCGGCAAGUUGGGCGCCGCAACACCGUUGCCGGUGGGCGCCAAGAUGAAGGAGGGCCGAGAUGAACGGCAACCGCUGCUGCCUACCACAGAGCCACUCAAUGACAGCUAUGAGAAACGUGCACUGGCGGCACCCCCACCACCUCCACGCGCUUCUCCAGACAGCGUGCUGGUCCACUUGCCUGGCCAGAUGGAGGCAGAUGGUGGCAUCAGCAGCCCAGUAGGCACAGGUGGCGGCAAGCCACCACUGGAGCCAACACUUGGCGAUGGGGACUAUGACCCACUGCUGCAGAGGGAUCUGGAACACCCCACCUCUAAUUUGGAUACAAUGAUUCACUUAUUGAAGGGAAAUAUAGGCACUGGAAUUUUAGCUAUGCCAGAUGCAUUUAGGAAUGCUGGGCUUGUUGUGGGAACAAUUGGGACUCUCUUGAUGGGGGUGAUCUGCACUCACUGUAUGCACGUGUUGGUGAAAUGCUCUCAUGAACUGUGCAGAAGGAAUCAAGUACCAUCACUGGGAUUUUCUGAUGUAGUUGAAACUUCAUUCCAAACAGGACCACAACCUCUUCGGAAGUACUCAAGCUAUGCCAAAGUUAUGAUAAACGUUUUUCUGUGUAUAACACAACUUGGGUUCUGCUGUGUAUACUUUGUAUUUGUGGCAGCCAAUUUGAGAGAUGUUAUGUCAUAUUACUUCAAGUGGCAUCUAGGAAUUGAUGCAUAUCUUCUACUAUUAUUGAUUCCCAUGAUAUUUCUAAACUGGGUGAAGAACUUGAAGUACCUCACACCAAUAUCAUUGUUUGCUGCCAUUGUUACUGUGACUGGCCUGGGAAUUACAUUCUUCUACAUGCUACAAGGGCUACCUAGAACAUCAUCUGUCAAAGCCUUUGCUACAUGGAAACAACUGCCCCUUUACUUUGGAACUGCCAUAUAUGCAUUUGAAGGAAUUGGUGUGGUCCUUCCUCUGGAAAACAACAUGAAAACCCCUCAGGAUUUUGGUGGAUGGACUGGAGUUCUAAAUACAGGAAUGGUUAUUGUAGCAGCUUUGUACACAUCAGUUGGAUUUUUUGGGUACCUAAAGUAUGGAGAAAAGGUUAAAUUGGGAAGCAUCACUUUGAAUCUGCCACAAAGGGAUUUGUUGGCACAGUCAGUACGACUGAUGAUGGCAGUUGCCAUUUUCUUCUCCUAUGGUUUGCAGUUUUAUGUUCCAAUGAGUAUUAUAUGGCCUUUGAUUCGACCUCGGCUGGAAACUGAGAGAGCACAAAUGCUGGGAGAGUAUAUUUUACGCACAGUGUUAGUUAUUUUCACUUUUUGCCUCGCUAUUGCUAUUCCAAAUCUUGGAGCUGUCAUCUCGUUGGUCGGUGCAGUCAGCAGUUCCACAUUAGCUCUCAUAUUUCCUCCUCUGAUAGAGAUUCUUACCUUUUGGCAUGAUGAUCUUGGAAGAUAUAACUGGAUACUCUGUAAAGAUAUCUGCAUUAUGAUAUUUGGUGUCUGUGGCUUUAUGUUUGGGUCAUAUGUUAGUAUUGCCAACAUAAUUUCACCAGAAGAAUGAAUAGUCUUCCAGUCACAAAUUAUCAUAAUGAUAUAACACAAUUAUACAACAGAAAAACUAAUUUGUUUUCAUAAAGCAAAUAUAAAUUUGUUUAGGAACAAAUUCACCUCUGUUGUAAUAAGUUUACAGAUGUUAAUAUUGUGCAGUUUUAUACACUUCAUGGAGUUUUAUUGAUAUCAUACGGUACUAUGAAAAACAUUUAGAUAUUUUAUAAGGAAGUUUACUGUACAAAGGAAGUUUAUUUUUGUAACACCACAUUUUUCCGGAAAAAAUGUGGUUGUUGUUGAUACUUGAACAUAUUUAUUAUUUAUUUUUAUUUACUUGUCUAUGGCAAUGUAAAUUGUAAAUACUUUGUGUAUAUUAAUAUGUUACCCUGUUUUAAUUUCAAUAUUACUUCUUCGAUGACAACUUUAACAAAUGUAAAAUGUAUGUGAUAAAAUGGUUUUUAGGAAAAUAAUGCUUCUAAGAAUAUAUUUCUGUUCAGAAUAUACUGACAGAUUAUUUCUUGCAUAAGAUAGCAAGACUUUUCUGUAUCUUCCAAAGACCUGUGAUAUUACUGACAAGAUUACAUUAACUUAUUUUGUAAUGAGCUUUCAAGUUCAGGGUUUUAAAAUAUGUUAGUAGCACAUUGAUGAGACAAAGAACAUUUUGCCACAAUUUAAAAAACAUAUUGACACUUUUAUCUCAAAAAUAGAAUAGUGAAUGUGAAUACUGAAUGUAAGAGGAACAGAUGAAAAUGAGCUUCCAUGUGUUACAAUAACAACUGUCAGAUUAGCUAUGGUACUAAUAGAACCAGUUGCCUUUUUAUGGUAAUAGUGUUUAUAUGUGACUUCAAAGAACACAGUUUUGCAUAAUUAAAUGCCAAAGAUAUUUGUGUUAUUUUAUGGUGCAGUUAAUGCAAAAAAUGUACAAAUGAGCAAUGCUAAUUUGUAUAUCUGAAUCUAUUGUUCAGCUGUAAUUAUCUGAAAAUGCACAAAUCGAUGCUUGAUGUAUGGCACAUGUACAUAAGUGGAUGUUAUAAUGUGUACACCUAACCUGCAAUAGCAAACUGUACAUACGCACAGCUAAAUUGCGAAUCUUAUCAUAAUUAUGUAUUUAUUAAUGAGCUGUACAUCUGAAGAGACAUGUUAACAAGAGAUGUAAGAGCAUAGACACUAUUUGUGCUGUAAAUGUCUCAUUGUCAAGGAGCUGUAUGCACAUUGUCUCUUAAGUAUAUAAUGACUUUCUCUGUGGAGAAAAUUAAUUUAAAACAAAAUACUGCCUUUUGCCAGUAAGUAUUAUUUUAACUUAAUUUUUUAUGUUUUGUAAUUUAUGUAUUAUUUAUGCAUGUUUUACAUGUACUUUUUGUGGUGCUCCAUUGUAUAACCAAGAUGAUCAAAAAGUCAGUAAUAGCAUUUUUUUAUUGUUCAAGAUUUGGAACAGCAUUUCUCCACCACACUGUAUUUAGCCUGCAAAAUUUGAAUAAUAGGUUAUUAACUCAUUCUGUUUUAUCAGUGUGGGCUUGGAGGAAAUGGAUAUGUAUGUGUCUUAAAUGAAUUAUUGCACAACAACAGAUAAUUAUCAUUGAGCUUGGAAAAAGCUAAAUAAACUGACAAUAAUUUGUGAAAAGCUUAUUUGUUUACAAACAUGGCCCUAUCUAAUCAACCACCACUAGUAGCAAGAAGCAAAUGAAUAUACAAAUGUUCUUUCAUGUUAAUAGAUAUAUAAUUUUUAAUAAUGGAAAUGUUAUCUACAUUUUGUGUGACGUUACAUACCCACAGAAAUUAUUGAAUUAUUAUUUUGUGUUUCAUUUGCUGACAAUGCGAUCAGAGAUCAAAUGUUCUUGCAAUCUCAAGGUGGUUAGCUGAUUUUUGCAUAAAUGAUAAUCUUAACUCUGCAAGGAAGUAUAACGAUAACUUCAUUUAAUGUAAUAUGCCUUUUGGCAUAAUAAUGGCAAAUUAAAUUUAUUGUGGAUAUAGAAACAGUAGUGCACAUGUAGUAACAAAACUUAUGUACUUUUAUUACAAGUUAAUGUUUUACUCUCAUGCAAUCAUUUUUAUUAGCAACAGUAUAGCUAAUAUUGUUCAAAUUUCAUCAUUUUUGGAACCAGUGACAAUUGUAUGAAUGUUAAUAGCAUUUUUACUUCGAGGUAAAGGAGUAUUAUAUUCAGAACUACCCUACAAAUUAGUUGCAUAAUGCAGGUGUGCAUGCAUUUACAAAAUCACACACACACACACACACACACACACACACACACACACAUACAGUUUAACGGAGAAAUAAGGUAAAUAUGAAAAAUAUAUACUUUAUAUGGAUUUCUCUUUAUAACCAGAGAUGUGAUUUUUCUGAUUGAUCUGAAAUCUGAUAAAUUCUGUUAUAAAGUAUGGCUAGCUCUUCAUAACUUAUUACAAUAUCAGAUGAUAGAAUUUAAAUGUUUUUUAGAAGUUUUUUGAAGUUUUAUGAAAAUUACAUACACAGAUACAGUAAUGAUUGAAAGCAAGAAGACAGUAAAGUGUUUAUUGUUUUAGAGGUAUGUUGAUAAAAACAGUUGUGCACAAGAACAAAUGCUGAUUGUAUCUUCUGAUUUUCUGUCACAUUACAAUAAUUCAUGUCACAUUACAAUUCCUGUCAUAAAAAUAAUGAACAUGACAAUAAAGGACAAUAAAUUAUGC